CCACCAGCUUCACAGGGGAGCGCGGAGCGCCAGGCAGUCCUGCCAGAGAAGUACAGUCCAAGUGCCUGGGCUCCUGAGGCUGAAUUCCAGUGGCAAGCAUGGCCAAGUCUGAGGAUCACUCUUUGCGGAUCGUUCUGGUUGGGAAAACUGGAAAUGGGAAAAGCGCCACAGCCAACACCAUUCUUGGGGAACAAAUCUUUGAUUCUAGAACAGCUGCCCAUGCUGUCACUGAGACCUGCCAGCAGGCAUCCAGAACCUGGAAGGAGAGGGACCUCGUGGUGGUGGACACCCCGGGGCUCUUUGACAGCAAGGAGAAUCUGCAGACCAACAUCGUGGAAUUCAGCCGGUGUGUCCUCUAUUCCUGCCCAGGGCCUCACGCCAUCAUCCUGGUUCUGAGGCUGGGCCGAUUCACAGAGGAAGAGCAGGAAACUGUUGCUUUGAUCAAGGCUGUCUUUGGGGAGGCCGUCAUGAAGCAUUUGAUUGUUUUGUUCACGUGCAAAGACUAUCUUGAGGGCUGCAGCCUCGAUCACUUCCUAAAAAGAUCGGAUGCAAACCUACAAAGCAUCAUUCAGGAGUGUGGGGGCCGCUAUUGUGCCUUCAGCAACAGAGCAGAGAAGGCUGAGAAGGAAGAGCAGGUGCAGGAGCUGGUGGGGCUGAUAGAGAAGAUGCUGCAGAGCAGGGGAGGGGCUCACUUUUCUGAUGCCAUCUACAUGGAUGCAGAGCAAAGCCUGCAAGAAAAGGCAGAGCUCUUGAGGAAGCAUUACACAGAGGAGUUAGAAAAGGAGCUCGGAGCAGCCAGGGAGACAUACACUCAGAUGUGCAAGAAGAGUAUGCAGGAAAAGGAAGCCAAAAUACAAUCAAUUAAGGAGAAGUACGAGGCAAAAAUAAGAAACAUCAGGGCAGAGGCAGAGACAAAUAUAUUUACCCAGAUUUGUGAGAUAAUUAAGAGAAUGCUUUUCAAAAUACGCCAUUUUUUCAGGAGAUAAUGUG